UGCAAAAAUAAAAAACGAACGACUGCAGACUUUGGUAACGGUAUUUUUGGGCAGCGAAAUAAAACAGUAAAUGGACUGUGUUCUUUUUUCAAUAAUUGUCACUCUCGUUUGUUUGGCAUUUGAAAUCAGAUAUGUUAAUUUGUGCGGAAUUGUGAUUAUUUAAUAAAAAAAAGAAAUGAGUGAAUUACCAGCAACUGCGAGUACAUUACAUAUACAAACACGACAACGUUCUUAACAAGUUGUGAAUAUUGAACUAAUUGGAAGAAAUUCUCAUCAGAUAACAGGUGCUAAACUACCAUCGAACAAACAAAUACUGCAAUUACUAUUUUAUAACAUUAGAUUUGUGUAUCGGCAAUUGAGAGAAAGUGCAAAAUUAACAAUAAAUGCUGUAUUAAUAUUUUGGCAACAAGCUCGAAUUCCGACAAAAGAUGUAGCUAGGUGUGUCGAUAAAUUAGAAUCUCCGUACAAAUUAUGGCAGAAGAUUCAAAAAACCGUACCAAAUAAGAGAUCUGAUGCUCAGAAAAAAAUGGUUGAAGACUUUUCUGCAGAAUUGGAUAAUUUGUUUGACAUUGCUCAUAGAGAUGCCUUACAAAACAUGCGUAUUAGCGUAGACAAGGAAUUUUUGAUUCUACAAAGGCAAAAACGUCGCCCUGGUAGCAUGGCCGGUGCUGACAUGGUAUUGUAUCGGCGACAAAAUAUAGCAGAUCAUCGCAUUGAGAAAGAAAUGUCUAGAAAAAGGAAACAUCAACAAAUGUCGGAAGUGAAUCUCGAACUCAAAGACGAUUUUGGUAUGGACUAUGAAGAAGAUAUUGUUGACAGUGAGCCUGAAGUAGCGGAAACCAAUGUGAAAAAAAAAAUACAAAACAAACUGCUUCAACUUGUAUUAACAGGGGAAGAAAACAUUUUAUCACACCGCGGUUGCUUUCAGCACUUGAUAGCGCCAAAGUAAGCGAUGGAAAGGCGAUGCACAUUCUGAUGGCGACUGCAGAAGCAUUGGGCCAUUGCACUAGAAACUUGGUAGUCAAUCGUUCUACUCUCCAUAGACUGAGGGAAGAGCAUCGCAGAAAAGAAACACAGAGGAUUCAAGAGAGUUUUAUUGACAAAGUAUACCAUGAUUGAAAAUAUAUGUAUAGGUUAUUUAAAUACUAAUAAUAUUCUAUUCUAGCUAAGUGAUACAUAAGCAAUGGUCGUCCACUGGGAUGGUAAAGUAUUGCCAGAUCUAAUUGGAAAAAUAAAAGUUGAGCGAAUUGCAGUGCUUGUUAGUUAUAAUGGCGAAUCCAAAUUUCUAGGCGCUCCAAAACUUAUAUCUGCUACUGGUGAAAAUAUAGCUACAGCCGUUUUUGAUACACUUAGUAAAUGGAAUAUUUUAGAUCGCGUAGAAGACAUGUCUUUUGACACCACGUCCACUAAUACUGGUCCAAUGAAUGGAGCAUGCGCUCAAUUGCAACGCAUGUUAGGAAGAAAUUUGUUGACGUUACCAUGCCGUCACCACAUUCUUGAAAUAUACUUGCGUAGUGUAUUCGACCUGCAUUUCAAAGUGACUCAAGCACCGGAAGUCUCAAUUUUCGAGAGAUUCGCCAAAGCCUGGCCAAAUAUUGACACUUCAUCAUUUAAGAGUGGGCUCCAAUGUGAAGAUAUAAAAUCUGAUAUAAGUCUGCAAUGAAAUCAAACAAUUUUGUCAUUCACAACUACAAAAACCUUUGUUCGUGCUGACUACGAAGAAUUUUUACGUCUAGUACUUACAUUUCUUGGUGACAAUGGUGGUAAAUUUAAAACACCCGGAGUUACAAGUCAUGCACGUUGGAUGUCAAAGGGAAUAUAUUCCUUGAAAAUAUAUCUUUUUCGUGAUCAAUUUCACUUGAGUAAAGCUGAAUUAAAAGGUUUAAGUCACAUUUGCGUUUUUUAGUGCGUUUAUAUAUGUACAUGUAAAAGCUUGGUACAAAUGCUCUAAUGCAAUUACCUCUCCCCUGCAUGAUUUAAACUUUGUAAAAGAAUGUAUUAAUUAUGAAAAAGUGAACCCAAGUAUUUCUUCGGAAUUGCUGAGAAAAAUGCAACAACACAUGUGGUAUUUGUCAAAGGAAAACGCCCCAAUGGCUUUCUUUGAUUUCAAUAUUUCUGUAGAUGUUAAGAAAAAAAUGGUAAAACAUUUAAAAUCAGAAGAGCCAACUAAUAAACUACAAAACAAUAGCAAAAUAAAAAAAUUAAGUGACAUACGCAAUUCGGAUUUAAGCGAAUUUGUAUCCAAAAGAACUUUAACAUUUUUUAUGAAGUACAAGUUGUCAACCAACUUUUUGCAUUUGGAUCCAGAGUCUUGGGGAAACAAACGAGGAAUUCCAAUGGUCGCACAAUAUGCCACAAAUUGCUUGUUACUAAUGAUACAGCGGAAAGAGGUAUUAAAUUUAUAAAGGAUUUCAAUACUAUUCUUACAAAUAAAGAAGAAGAAAACAGUUCCUACUUCAAGUUGUUGAAGAAUACAAAAAAAAUAAGUCC